CCUGUUCCCCAGUUUCACAAAAGGGGGUUGUAGAUGUAUAAUAUACAUUCUUUACUGGGGCCUUGUUGUCCCAGGUUCUACAGUCUGGUCAGAAAAUGGUGGCUAAAGAGGAAGGUAGUAGUGGUAGUGGCAAUAGGAGGAUAAAAGUCAAAGUCCCAAUACAAUGUUGCUUUUCAUACACUUGCUUUUCUACGCUACCCAAUAAACCACAUCAUACACGAGGAAUUGUUAAACAGGUGUCCUUUCCAUGAAAACACAAAUAUCUGGAGUCACGAACAGUAACAAACAUGACCAGCACGACUGAACAGCCGCUUUGCCUCUCCAAUGAUGGCGGGACGUAGCGGUCAUGACGCGGCUGCGUGGUAGCUAGUGGGGAGGAGCGGCACACGCUGUAGUGAGAGCGCAUUGUUUGUUUGAAAGGAGGAAUCAGGGCCGAGCCGCGGCCGUGUAGUAGAGGGGCCGGGGAGAGAGUGGGGCGGCGGCGCCGAUCCUAUGGAUUAAUGAUCCUUGGGUUGUUACCGCCAGACUGUUCCGUUUCUUUUCGAUUGGAUCACACUGGGAGACGUACUGAAGACGCAGGGGAGCGGCGCGGUCCUUUGUGAUCGGCUCCGCGACUCGUCUGCAGUUUACGGGAAAACGAGCGAGCCGUCUCCAUUAGCCGCUGACAAGCCAGUGCGAGCAAGUCCGCCGCCAGCAGUGUCCGUAUCACUUUAACUGUUGGGAGUGCUGACCCAGGGACAAGUCAUCAGUCGCAUGGACUUGCACGCAGGCUACUAGAUUUCAGGAAAGCACUUAAAUAUAUUGGUUAUGGGACCCUUUUGGGCAAACAAGAAUUCCGAUCAUGUCGUCUCACAACUGAAGCUAGUCAAGAUCUUUAUAAAUGUGAUGGAAAUCGAAAGCAUUGUUUGUUUAUCUUAUCCUGCUGCAUGGUUGUGACAAUUCACAAGUCAGUUAAAGUGGACCUGUCAUCCAGAGACAAAAAUCUGUAUACCGUAUAUACUCGAGUAUAAGCCGAGGUACCUAAUUUUACCUCCAAAAACUGGGAAAGCUUAUUGACUCGAGUAUAAGCCGAGGGUGAGAAAUGCAGCAGCUUCUGACAGCCUAAAAUGAGGCGAAAAGGCCGUUGGCACAGGGUUCCUGCUCCCCGUUCCUCUACUUCUCCAUGUAGUAUUAAACAUUCUCCAACUCGGGAAACCUUGACAUACGCCCAAGCUCAAAGAAUGGUUGAAAUUGAAAUAGAGGGUCGUUUACACAGGAUCAGUAUUUUUGAUCCUUUGGAGAUUGUUUCAGAGGAUGAUCUUACUGCUCAAGAAAUUAGUGAAUGUAAUAGCAAUAAAGAAAACAGUGAGCAGCCUCCCCAGAUUUGUCUAAGAUCCAAGAGGCAUAAAGCAAAUACAGGGAAAAAGAAAAGUGAAGUUCUUCCAACUGUGCACGGCCACACUACUACCAGUGUUCUCCCAGAGCCCAAAGUUCGUGUUAUAGAAUGUAGUCCACCAUCUGCUCCAAACAGGUCUCCUAGCUAUUACCAAUUUCUGGACAAAUCAGCUGAAGAGCUUGACAAGGAAGUAGAAUAUGAUAUGGAUGAGGAAGACUAUGCCUGGCUGGAAAUGAUUAAUGAAAAACGUAAAAGUGAUGGAUGUUCUGCAGUGUCCCAAGACAUAUUUGAAUUUCUUAUGGACAGAUUUGAAAAGGAAUCUUACUGUGAAAACCAAAAGCAAGGUGACCAGCAGUCUUUGAUCGAUGAGGAUGCUGUAUGCUGUAUUUGUAUGGAUGGUGAAUGUCAGAACAGCAAUGUCAUCUUAUUUUGUGAUAUGUGUAACUUAGCUGUACACCAAGAGUGUUAUGGGGUGCCAUACAUACCAGAAGGACAGUGGCUUUGUAGGCAUUGUCUUCAGUCUCGUAAUAUACCCAUUGACUGUGUUUUGUGCCCAAAUAAAGGAGGUGCCUUUAAAAAGACUGAUGAUGAUAGAUGGGGUCAUGUUGUUUGUGCUCUAUGGAUACCAGAAGUUGGAUUCGCAAAUACAGUUUUUAUUGAGCCUAUUGAUGGUGUUCGAAACAUUCCUCCUGCAAGAUGGAAGUUAACUUGUUACCUCUGCAAGCAAAAAGGUGUUGGUGCCUGUAUCCAGUGCCAUAAGGCUAAUUGUUAUACUGCUUUCCAUGUGACCUGUGCUCAGAAAGCAGGUUUAUAUAUGAAGAUGGAACCUGUGAAAGAACUGACUGGCACUAUCACAACAUUUUCUGUUAAAAAGACUGCGUACUGUGCCGCACACAUGCCUCAAGGUUGUGUUAGGAGGCCAUUAAAUAUUUAUGAGGAGCCAGAAUCUAAAAAUGGCAUUUGUAGAAAAGGUUCUGAGAAAAAUAUCCGAUCAACAUCAAAAGCUAGGAGGAAAGCGAAGAAAGCAAAAAAAGCUUUAAAUGAAACUUGUAAUGUUCUUCCAACAGUCACCGUACCUGAUAUCCCACCUCAAAGAGUAAAUAAAAUCGUUAAUCAAGUAUCUAUUCCGAGGAAGAAGCAGUUCAUUGAAAGAGUUCAUAGUUACUGGAUGCUAAAAAGACUUUCAAGAAAUGGCAUUCCCUUGUUGAGGAGGCUCCAGUCAAGUUUACAGUCGCAAAGGAAUAUACAAGAGAGUGAAGAUGAUGAGGAAGUACAGGCCUUGAAGAAGAAAUUGAAGUACUUGCAACGUUUAAGACAUGACCUAGAAAGAGCUCGAUUGUUAAUUGAACUCAUCCGAAAACGAGAAAAACUAAAGCGUGAGCAGGUUAAGGUCGAACAAGUUGCUAUGGAACUUAAACUGACUCCACUCACUGUAUUGCUACGAUCCCUUCUUGAACAGCUACAGGAAAAGGAUCCAGCUCGCAUAUUUGCUCAUCCUGUUAAUCUUUCAGAGGUUCCAGAUUAUUUGGACCAUAUAAAGCACCCUAUGGAUUUUUCUACUAUGAAAAAACGGUUGGAAGAUCAGAGCUACAGAAAUCUGAAUGGAUUUGAAGAAGAUUUCAACCUUAUUAUUGAGAACUGUAUGAAAUACAAUGCAAAGGAUACAAUUUUCUAUAGAGCCGCAGUACGGUUAAGAGAUCAUGGAGGUGUUUUAUUGAGGCAAGCUAGAAGAGAGGCUAAUGUGAUUGGCUUUGAUGAGGAAACAGGGAUGCAUUUACCUGAGCAACCAAAAAUUGAACCUCCACCACAGUUUUCAUGGGAGGAUGUUGAUAAACUGCUUAAUCCCAAUAACCGAGCACACAUGGCUUUGGAAGAACAGCUGAAAGAGCUACUGGAAAAAUUAGAUUUGACUUUUGCAAUGAAGUCAAGUGGAUCCAGAAGUAAACGGCUGAAGUUGCUAAAAAAAGAGAUUGCCAAUGUUCGUCAGAUGCUAUCUCAACAGCAUGUACAGCCCCCACAAAUAGAAUCUGGUAUUGGAAGUUUUGAAGAAGAUGGAUCCAUUCUGAAUGAUGGGGAAGAAGAUGGAGAUAAAUCUCCCCCUAAACUUGAACCAUCCGAUGCAUUACCUCUACCUUCAGACUCGGAGACUAAUUCAGAACCACCAACCCUCAAACCUAUAGAACUCAAUCCAGAGCAGAGUAAGCUUUACAAAAGAGUCACAUUUGAUAAUGAAUUGCAUAGCGCUACUAUUCAAAAUGAAAUGAUAAAUGGACACACUCCAGAAAAUUUACUUAAGGACAGUAAUCUCAAUGAUUCGUCAGAUUCUGAAGUAGCGGAAUCAUCAACUGAUGUAAACAGACGUACAUCUAUUCUCUUCCGCAAAUCAAAAAGUGUAAGCCCCCAAAAGCCUUCAAAGAACACUGAAACGCAGCCAUCCUCUCCACAGCUAGGGACCAAAACCUUUUUGUCUGUAGUCCUUCCAAGGUUGGAGACACUCCUGCAACCAAGAAAGAGAUCAAGGAGCACUUGUGGAGAUUCCGAGGUUGACAGAGAAUCCCCAGUAAAGCGACUGGAUACAGGUCUCUCAAAUGGUUACGGAGAAGCAAACAAGGAAAAAGAAUGUACUAUAAGUCCAGGAAGAAAACUGGAGCCUCGAAGAAGAUGUGCAUCAGAGUCAAGCAUCUCCUCUAACAACAGUAUCUUGUGCAAUCCCAGCUUUGGCUUGCCAAAAUGUGGGAAAGGUAAACCAGCUCUUAUACGACGGCAUACGAUAGAAGACAGAAGUGAAUUAAUAUCUUGUAUAGAAAAUGGAAACUACGCUAGAGCAGCAAGAAUUGCAGCUGAAGUUGGGCAGACGAAUAUGUGGGUCGCUGCAAGUACAGCUGCGUUUCUUGAACCUUUAAAAGUGAUUUGGGCUAAAUGUAGUGGAUAUCCUUCCUAUCCAGCUUUGAUAAUUGACCCUAAGAUGCCUCGAGUUGGUUGCCACCACAAUGGUGUUGCAAUUCCUGUACCUCCCAUGGAUGUACUAAAGACUGGGGACCAGAUGCAAACCAGGGCUGAAGAAAAAUUAUUUUUGGUUUUGUUUUUUGACAAUAAGAGAAGUUGGCAGUGGCUUCCGAAAUCCAAAAUGGUUCCUUUAGGUGUUGAUGAAACAAUUGACAAGCUGAAAAUGAUGGAAGGACGUAAUUCAAGCAUUCGAAAAGCUGUUAGGGUUGCCUAUGAUCGGGCAAUAAAUCAUUUAAGUAGAGUUCAAGGAGAAUCCGUUAGUGACUUCAGUGAUAUUGAUUAAAGAAGGUGCUACAAAGACGCAACUUGCCUCAUGUACUCUUAAGCUUUACUUAGAACCUCUUUUCUCGGAAAGAAUGCAUUGACGAUAAAAUUCCUAAUCAUUGGAUGGGCAAAGAUGUUCUGUAAUGGAGCAUGAAAACUCUUGCUACCGUUCUGCUGAUUUUAUCAAAUUCAUAUAGAUUGGAGUAGCUUUCACUAAAGAUGUUGAAAAUUAUGUUUAUAGUGUUCAUAUUGUGUACAUAUAUGUAUAUUGGGAAACUUAACUUAUUCUGACUUUGAGGCAGUUCUUGCUUCCUCUUGGCUUUUUGUCUGGCUUUUUUUUUUUUUUAGUGACAACAAAUGGUUGAGCCUUAGCACCACUUUACUACAUUAAAAAAGUGUUUUGUAUUUGUCAACUAGAUUGAAAAAAAAAAGUUAUGUUAAAAAAAAAAAUCUAUUUAAAUAACAUGUAUUGCUACCUGGUGUGUCCAUUCCCAUAUUUUGACUACUGUACGUAAAAGAAUAUUUUUUCAUUAUAUAAAGUCCUUGCAAAAGAGUUCAGUGUAUCAAAAAUAAUUUUAUUCACACAGAACAUUGGAAGAACCCACUAGUAUUAAAGUAUUGUAUCGGAUCAGUUAUGAGUAAUAUUUUAUGUUUUAAUACGGUUAUGCCAUAAAUUAUAGUGUAAAUUACCAUCUAGGAACAUACUUUCUAUAUUUUUCUACAGAAUCCUUCUUAAAUAACUAUGUAUGCAUAGUAUUUCCCCGGGGGUUCAUGGUGUGUGUUUUUACUUUCAAUACUGCUUACAGUUGCACUCAAAGCCCAAAGUUUUAAAUUUCUUUUUAGCAUAUGAUUGAAUUUUAUAUAUUUUUUUUUAUUUACUGCAAUUACACUUUUUAAAUGUUCUGAAAAAGUUUUCAGCACAUUUUUCCUUUUCAAAAUCCCACUGCCUUUUCCCCAAAGAUUUUUUUUUUAAUGUAUAAAAUUUUUUAUUUAAUUAUAUAUGAGUUAUUUGAAAAAUAUUAAUUUGUUUAAAUCGAGAAUUUAAUUUUGAAAAAUUCUAUUAAUGUAUGUUUUAUUAAAGGCACAUACAUAUGGCAACCUGCUUAUGAAAGAAUAUGCAUCAAAAUGUGUUCUUGAAUAUGUAACUGCUUUUCUGUGUUAUUGUUUUUGUUUUGUCUCCCUAGAAGAACAGGCAGUUUAUGUAACCAGUUAUACUUUAGAAAAGCUUGGUAGCAAUAGAAACUUUGGAUACAUUUUGUAUGGUACAUGUGAUGUAUAUAGACUUAGUACAUUUUUUAUUUUUAAGACAAGAAGCAUUAUUAGGGAUAUACAUAUAUGUAUGAUGUUUUUCAGGAGCUGCAUUUUUAUAUGAAAAUAAAAAGUCAAGAUUUUGAUGAA